AUGGAUUUCAACAGCACUCAAACUCAAGGACGCGCCUGCUUCACAUGCGGCCAAACUACUCACCAGGCUCGGGAUUGCCCCAACCGUGGUGCGGCUAAGUGCUACAACUGCGGUGGCGAGGGCCAUAUGAGCCGAGACUGCCCUGAGGGCCCCAAGGACACCAAGUCCUGCUACCGAUGUGGACAGCCCGGCCAUAUCUCCCGGGACUGCACCCAGGCUGCUGCUGGUGGCCAGAGCGGCGGCGGCGGCCAGGGUGGCGCCGAGUGCUACAAGUGCGGCGAGGUCGGCCACAUUGCUCGUAACUGCACCAAGGGCGGCGCUUCCUUCGGCGGCGGCGGCGGCGGCUACCAGUCCGGCGGCUACGGCGGCGGCGGUGGUGGCGGUGGUUUCAACCAGAACAGGACCUGCUACUCUUGCGGUGGUGUCGGCCACAUGUCUCGUGACUGCGUCAACGGCAGCAAGUGCUACAACUGCGGCGAGACCGGACACUUCUCCCGUGACUGCCCCAAGGACUCGGGCAGCGGCGAGAAGAUCUGCUACAAGUGCCAGCAGCCCGGCCACGUCCAGUCUCAGUGCCCGUCCAACUAGGCAACCUGCAGCGCGGCGACACUCGAUACGACUUUUGCGACCUGCUCUUUCGAUAGCCAGCCAGCACUAGUGGCUCGUGGCUACAGAUUGGUUCGGAACACGGGAAAAGAAUGGAAAGGAGGAUAUCUGCUGCAGAUAGACAGCUCCCUCGGAGUGUUUUGACAGAGACCUGCAUAUUAAACUGCCUUUCUUUGGUGGAUGGCUCUCGCGCUCACGCGUGGGGGCUCCACGGGUCGUACUAGGGAUAUCACGAUGGUCACCUGGAUAUUGCCGGCCGGGUCAGUCACUGUGCCCGCAAUGAUUUUCCUU